UCGUCCAAACCUUGUCGCCGAGAGCACGAAAUUCACCACGUCAGCUGCCUACGAAUGUCACGGACUGUUGACUGUUUGCCCACGGCGCCCACGAUCUACGGCGGUAUCUCGGUGCUUCUCGGUGAGUGCAACGUGCGGCAUCCUCGUUUCCAGCACACCCGGGCCGCAGCUGCCACUCGCCGCCCCUAGUAACUGCCAAGCAGUGCUGAGCGCCCUGAAAAUGGCUAAUCGCAAAUGAGGCCGAAUUAAUUGCCUAUCUACAUACAUACAUGGGUUCCUGAUAAAUACUCGUAAUUAGUGCGAGUGCGUUCCUUUUUAUUUAAUUGCCAAGAGCGGCGUAUAAAAAAUCCGGAGUGAAAAUGAGUGCGCCAGACGCCGACGCCGCCGUCCAGGUGCUAAAGGCUGAGAACGAGCGGCUCACGCGUGAGCUCGAUCAGGCCUGCAGCGAGAAGAUUCAAUCGGCGCAAUAUGGGCUCGUGUUGCUGGAGGAAAAGGAUUCCCUGCAGCAGAGAUGUGAAGAACUGGAGGGUAUGUUUGAAAAGACCCAACAUGAGUUGAACAUCACUCAGGAAGCCCUAGCGAAAUUCCAAUCUAGUCAUAGAGUAACAACAAAAACCGGAAUCGAAUCUGAAGAAUCACUCCUCAAUGAAUCGGCGGCCAUGGAAACAUCACUCAAUGAACAAAUUAUCGAAUUAGAAAAUGAGCUCAAGCAAACCAAGCAUGAGUUGGACCGCGUUACUGGUGAGCGCGACCGAAUGCUUCAGGAAAACAAUGACAUGGGAAAAGACAAAGAAGAUCGGAACAUGGAAUGCAAAAAAUUGCGCACCGAGUUGAGAGAGAUUAAAUUUCGCGAAACCAGAUUAAUCACUGAUUAUUCGGAGUUGGAAGAGGAGAAUAUAGCUUUGCAAAAACAGGUUUCGGCUUUGCGCUCUGGGCAAGUGGAGUUCGAAGGGUUGAAGCAUGAAAAUCGUCGAUUAAUGGAAGAUAUGGACAUUUUGAAAUCCGAGGUGGUCGAGAUGAUGAACUUGAAACAGAUAACUGAGAAACAUAUGGAGGAAGCGCUUGAGAGUUUACAGUCAGAGCGCGAAGCAAAGAAAGCGUUGAAAAAGGAAUUGGAUCAGUAUAUGAAAAGGCAGUCAUUCUAUAAGAUUAGUAAUCUUGCGUAUAGUAUUCGCGGAAUGGCGGAUGAACAAGGGCUUGGAUCAGAGGAUGAUGAUCUUCCUGGAUUGAAGAUGUACGAGGCGAAUAUUAAUGCUGAUGACUCCGGACAUGAUUUAUCUUCACCCGAUGGUAAUCAAGUAGACUUGUUCUCUGAAGUUCAUCUCAAUGAACUGAAAAAGCUUGAGAUGCAGUUAGAUCAAGUUGAAAAAGAAAAAGCAGCGCUCACACAGAACUUGCGUGAUAAUCAGGCGAUUGUCGAAAAGUCUCACGGAGAACUCCAGACCUUCCUAUCUCGUCUGUCACUUCUCAGCGCGCACGUCGAUUCCUUGCAACAUUUGACCCAAAAGGUGGAUAAGAAUGUCGCGCCUGUCGAUAACAAUCUCAGCGCUGUGAUUAAUCAAUAUCAUCAGUGGUUCAAACUGUCCGUGAAGGAAGUAGAGCAGCUCAGGCAUGACCUAAAGGAGUUCGAGAAACUCUCCACCAUCUCUGAUUCAACGAUUCAACUCCGCAAUGAAGUGACGAAUCUGAAAAACAAACUACUUGAUAACGAACAGCGUGGUAUGGAUUUGGAAAAUGAUUUGAAACUGCUUAAGCAGUUUGCCAGUGAAGCGGGAUCGUCAAUUGACGGCACCCAGAAUCAUUUACAGACUGUUACUGAAGAAUUGGCACAGUUAUAUCAUCAUGUUUGCACGGUUAAUGGCGAGACACCGAAUAGGGUUGUGUUGGAUCAUGAAAAGCUUUUAACUCCAAUGACUGAAACUGCUCCACCAAUCGGUGAAAUCUCCAAAUUGGAAGCUCUACGUCAACAGUUGAAAUCAGACAUCCCGUUGAACGACUUGGAGAGCUUGAAUGAUAGCAUCGUGAUAGCGAAGAAUGUUGUCACGAUUGUCGAUCAGAUCAAACAUUUGCGCACUGCGAUUGAGACUACUAUUGAUUCGACUAAAGGGAAGAGUCUUAUUAAGAAUACAGAUGACAGUUAUGAAGGUAACACCAAAGAUCGUGAGGAUGAGAUCAGCGAACUGCAGGAACAGAUAAUCAGACACAAGAGUCUGCUUUCAACAAAACGCGAACAAAUCGCAACUCUGCGCACAGUUCUCAAGAGUAAUAAGAAUACCGCCGAGGUGGCAUUGAAUAACCUCAAAGCCAAGUAUGAAAAUGAAAAGACAAUCGUUUCUGAAACGAUGAUGAAACUGCGUAAUGAACUGCGACUUCUCAAAGAAGACGCAGCCACAUUCUCAAGUUUACGUGCCAUGUUUGGUGCACGCUGCGAGGAGUACGUAACGCAGGUGGAUGAACUGCAGCGACUGCUGGGCGCCGCCGAAGACGAAAAGAAAACGCUCAAUCAAUUGCUGCGAUUGGCCGUGCAGCAGAAACUCAGUCUAACUCAAAAGCUCGAGGAUCUAGAGGUGGACCGCGAAAUACGAAACGCGCGCCGGCCGAACGUACGCGGUUUCCAGCGGGCUGGCAGGUCGAAUCGUGACAUGUUCUAGCCCAGGCGCAGGCCGGCAAUCGUGGCCAUGGCUCUGAUCACCGCGCUAUUUAGGCUCUAAGUACUUACCAGCUACUUAUACAUCAUUUCAACCUGAACUCAUUGGCAGGUUCAAAGAUAUUGAAAAUAUUUUUACAUACGCAGCUAGAAGGCGAAUGAGUGCUAAGUGAUUAUUUAUUGAAUGAGCACGGGAUAAGCGCAAUGUUUUAAUCUAUAUGAAAUCAAAAAAGUUUAAGUUAAGAUUCUUAUUAUGGAUGAAACGUUUUUAUAUUAUUAUUAGACUAGUUGAUUCACUUUUAUCAUUAUUGUUGAUGAUAACUUUUGUAAUUGCGACCGACGUAACGUUUGAUUUUUACUUUUUUAUCUGAAUUUGAGCAACAAAACGAGUAAACGAGAAAUGUGUGCUAUCGAAGCAAGCGAAGAGAUAUUUUGUUACGAUUUAUAUACUGUACUAACGAUAAUUACAAUGAUACCUAAUCGUUCUGAGUUGUAGUAUUCAACAACUAGCGUACAUAUGACAGAAAAAGUUAGCGACGAAAUAAAAACAUGUUAAAGUUAGGCAACCGAUAGAGCAGCGAUAGCCGGCAACUUACACACAUGUAGCCUACAUGUAGUUAUUUAGUAAAUACUAGCAAAUAUUUAUCCGUAGAAGUCUUGUAUCCUUACAUAGGGAGUAAACUACACCCACACUACCAACCUGAUUGGUUGUGUAAAUGUUCAGUCAGUUGAGAUUAGAGUUGAAGGCCUUCCGAUUAACAAAUGUACAAACAUGUGCACCCACAUAAUUGUAUCUUAUUGUAUGAGACUUCUAGGAACAUUUACUGAGGUAUGAUGAAUUAAUACUUAUGAUAGCGUUUAAUCAAUAAUUAGGUACCCAAUUAAUAAUGAGAUAUCAUAUCCGCCCUAUCCGAAUUUGAGGUGACGAUGUGGGUCAGCUGGCAAACGAGACAAAAACCAGACAGAAGCCCAGAUGAUAUUGGCGACGUAACAGUCGACCGUUUAAUUCGUCCCCUAUUAUGAUUGUACUGUCUUAAUGAUUAUUCCAAAUAUUGUAACAAUUGUGGAAUCGCAAUUUUAAAGCGCGCGGUUCCGUUAGUUGAAUGUCCACACACGUAUUGCUUUUUUAGAGGAGUUAAUAUGCCAAAAAUGUAAAAAAAAAACGAAACGGAUAUACGUUCAAUGCGCCAAAAAGAUACACAAAUGAAAUACGAAAUUCCGAGCCCGUCAACUAACGGAACGCGUGACUACGGCCCGUCCCUUUAACCUGCAUGUUCAUGUUUCAUGUUAUUACAAGGAAAAUGUGUGAAGUUCAGAAAAUUUCUUGUAAUACUGCAAUUUUUUACGAUGUAUUGCCACGUUUUUGUUCGAUUCCUGAUUAGGUUCAUUAGAUUAUGUAUUCAGGAGUAAUAAUACGCAUAGUUGUAGCCGAGUACUAUUCAACUCAAGGAAAAAGGAAGAAAACACGCAGUUAAUCUCUUUGAUAGACUUUAAAUGAAUAUCAUGUAUUCAAUUUUUUAUUUAUUUUCAGGCGCUUGACGAGGUUGUGCCACAAACUUAUCCUCGUUGUAAGUGCUGUGUAUUUAUCUUUAUUUUCUUAGUGUUUUGAUUUCGUAACCGCGUUUAUGUUUAGUUUGCCGUCGACUAUUGUAUUAAUGUCUAAAGUGAAUUAAAUUAACAAUUGUUAUGUAUGAAUAUUACGAGAAAAAUACUAAUUAACUUCAUGUUAUAUGUUGUAUCUCUAUGAUAUUUUUAAUAAAAUUUAUUAACGAAA